UUGAUGCGACGUGCCCUUUGGACUCGGGGCGUCGAGCCCUAACCCCUCUCUGAUCCAAGGUUACCGCAGUUUGACUCACGAGCCACCCAGAGGUUUGGCCUCAACCGAGCAGUAGGCCAACUAGGUUCCCGGUGCUCUCUGGGUCACAUUUCCUUAGUACGCAGAUGUGUAUGCACAAAGUUUUUUGGAGACUGCUCUUGGGAUCAACACUUGUGAUGACAAAGUGAAGGAAGGACAACUGGACAAAAAGAGCAGCUGAAUUCAACUAUGUGCUGCAUGGAAUUCAUCAUCAACUGGGAAUUAAGGCUUUUUAAAAGUCAGUUUUAAACUUUUUCUUUACCAAUUGAACAAGCAUUUGUUAAGACACUUAUGCAAUUAUUAUCCUGAACUAAGAAAAAUUUAUGAUAGGAUUUCUAUGAAAAACUGAAGAACGACAAAAAAAAUUUAAGAUGGAAUAAUCAAGGGCUAACAAAGGACAUGAAGAGAUCUGUGGGAAACAGAGUCUUUGGGAAAAACUUCUGGAGAGAGAUGGUUGAUUGACAAAUGAAGGCACUAGAGACUGGGAAGACAUCUUGAGCCAUGGCUUUGGAGCAGGUAACAUCUAAAGGGACUGGUUUAAAUCCUAAUGCCAAAGUAUGGCAAGAAGUUCCUCCAGGAAAUCCUGAUGCCACUCCCGUGACUCAUGGAACUGAAAGCUCUUGGCAUGAAACCGCAGCAACAUCAGGAUCGCUUCCUGAGGGUAAUUCAGAGCUUUCAGAGAAUAUGUGUAAGGAAUAUGAAGUAAUGUAUUCUUCAUCUUGUGAAACUGCAAGGAAUACUACAGGCAUUGAAGAAUCAACUGAUGGAAUGAUUUUAGGACCUGAAGAUCUGAGUUAUCAAAUAUAUGAGAUUUCUGGAGAAAGUUCAGCAAUUUCUACAGAAGACCUAAAAGAAUGUCUGAGGAAACAACUAGAAUUCUGUUUUUCACGAGAAAACUUGUCAAAGGAUCUUUACUUGAUCUCUCAAAUGGAUAGUGAUCAAUUCGUCCCAAUUUGGACAGUUGCCAACAUGGAAGAAAUAAAAAAGUUGACCACAGAUCUUGAUUUAAUUCUUGAAGUCUUGAGAUCUUCUCCUAUGGUACAAGUUGAUGAGAAGGGUGAGAAAGUGAGACCAAGUCAUAAGCGUUGUAUCGUGAUUCUCAGAGAGAUUCCUGAAACAACACCAGUAGAGGAAGUGAAAUCAUUGUUUAAAAGUGAAAACUGCCCCAAAGUGAUAAGUUGUGAAUUUGCACACAAUAGCAACUGGUAUGUCACGUUCCAGUCAGACACGGAUGCACAGCAGGCUUUUAAAUAUUUAAGAGAAGAAGUUAAAACAUUUCAGGGCAAGCCAGUCAUGGCAAGGAUAAAAGCCAUUAAUACAUUUUUUGCUAAAAAUGGUUACCGGUUAAUGGAUUCUAGUAUAUAUAGUCAGCCCAUCCAGACUCAAGCCCAAUAUCCCUCACCAGUGUUUAUGCAACCUGUAUAUAGUCCCCACCAGCAGUACUCUGUCUAUAGUCUUGUGCCUCAGUCUUGGUCUCCAAGUCCUGCACCUUACUUUGAAACACCACUGGCUCCCUUUCCCAAUGGCAGUUUUGUGAACGGCUUUAAUUCACCAGGAUCAUAUAAAACAAGUGCUGCUGCUAUGAAUAUGGGUCGACCAUUCCAAAAAAAUCGUGUGAAGCCUCAUUUUAGAUCAUCCAGUGGUUCAGAACACUCAACAGAGGGCUCUGUGUCCUUGGGGGAUGGACCAUUGAACAGAUCUAGUUCAAGGAACUUUCUACCUGAACGGCAUAACCCUACAGUCACAGGGAAUCAAGAACAAACUUACUUUCCAAAGGAGACUCCCACUUUGCAGAUGGAACAGAAUGGGGACUAUGGUAGGGGCAGGAGAACACUCUUCAGAGGUCGAAGAAGACGGGAAGAUGACAGGAUCCCAAGACCUCAUCCUUCAGCUGAAACAAAAGCUCCAACACCAAAGUUUGACUUAUUAGCUUCAAAUUUUCCUCCAUUGCCUGGAAGUUCAUCAAGAAUGCCAGGUGAACUUGUUUUGGAGAAUAGAAUGUCUGACAUUGUUAAAGGUGUCUACAAAGAAAAGGACAAUGAAGAUUUGAGAGUUAGUUGCCCAGUACCUGCAGAAGAUGACCAGACAGACUGCAGUUCUACCCAGCAACUCAGUAUAAGUACCAGUCCUCCAUGUACAGCUGAGCUUCCUGUGUUAAGCACAACUCAGCAAGAAAAGGAUCUAGUAGAAGAUUCUACUGUUCAGAAGGAUGGUCUCAAUCAGAUAACUGUACCAGUUUCCUCCCCAAGUACUGCAAAGCCAUCAAGGGCAAACACUGCUUCACCAUGCAGUAGUAGCACAAAUGUACCCGUAGCUGUGGCCAUACAGGAACCCCGAAAGUUAAGUUAUGCUGAAGUGUGCCAAAAACCACCUAAAGAGCCAUCUCCAGUUCUUGUACAGCCACUACGGGAACUUCGCUCCAAUGUAGUGUCUCCCACCAAAAAUGAAGAGAAUGGAGCCCCUGAGAAGUCAGUUGAGAAACCACAUGAGAAAUCAGAAGCAAGGGCUAGUAAAGAUUAUCCUGGCUUCCGAGGCAAUACCAUUUCCAGGGGAGCAGCUGGAAAAAUCAGGGAACAGAGACGCCAGUUUAGCCAUAGGGCUAUACCUCAGGGAGUGACUCGACGUAAUGGCAAAGAGCAAUAUGUGCCGCCCAGAUCACCAAAGUAAAAACAGACAAAAAAAAAAAAACA